CCCCACGCGCAUGCGCGGCGCAUGCGUGGCCCGGGGUCUCGGGGCGUUGCUGGGAAACAUCUGCCGAUGGUUGCGGCGGGCACCGGCCGACAUGGCGGCAGCGGUGGCGGCUGCGCUGGCGCGGCUUUUGGCGGCCUUUCUGCUCCUCGCGGCCCAGGUGGCCUGUGAGUACGGCAUGGUGCACGUGGUCUCCCAGGCUGGGGGCCCCGAAGGCAAAGACUACUGCAUCCUCUACAACCCGCAGUGGGCCCAUCUGCCGCACGACCUCAGCAAGGCAUCUUUCCUGCAGCUGCGCAACUGGACGGCCUCCCUGCUCUGCUCCUCGGCCGACCUCCCCGCCCGUGGCUUCAGCAACCAGAUCCCGCUGGUGGCGCGGGGGAACUGCACCUUCUAUGAGAAAGUGAGGCUGGCCCAGGGCAGCGGAGCACGCGGGCUGCUCAUCGUCAGCAGAGAGAGGCUGGUCCCCCCAGGAGGUAAUAAGACGCAAUAUGAUGAGAUUGGCAUUCCCGUGGCCCUGCUCAGCUACAAAGACAUGCUGGACAUCUUCAGGCGUUUCGGCCGCAUGGUGAGGGCGGCGCUGUAUGCGCCUAAGGAGCCGGUGCUGGACUAUAACAUGGUCAUCAUCUUCAUCAUGGCCGUGGGCACCGUCGCCAUCGGUGGCUACUGGGCCGGGAGUCGGGACGUGAAGAAAAGGUACAUGAAGCACAAGCGUGAUGACGGGCCCGAGAAGCAGGAGGACGAGGCGGUGGACGUGACGCCGGUGAUGACCUGCGUGUUCGUGGUGAUGUGCUGCUCCAUGCUGGUGCUGCUCUACUACUUCUACGACUUCCUCGUGUAUGUGGUCAUCGGGAUCUUCUGCCUGGCCUCCGCCACCGGCCUCUACAGCUGCCUGGCGCCCUGCGUGCGGCGGCUGCCCUUCGGCAAGUGCAGGAUCCCCAACAACAGCCUGCCCUACUUCCACAAGCGCCCGCAGGCCCGUAUGCUGCUCCUGGCGCUCUUCUGCGUGGCCGUCAGCGUGGUGUGGGGCGUCUUCCGCAACGAGGACCAGUGGGCCUGGGUCCUCCAGGACGCCCUGGGCAUCGCCUUCUGCCUCUACAUGCUGAAGACCAUCCGUCUGCCCACCUUCAAGGCCUGCACGCUGCUGCUGCUGGUGCUGUUUCUCUACGACAUCUUCUUCGUGUUCAUCACGCCCUUCCUGACCAAGAGUGGGAGCAGCAUCAUGGUGGAGGUGGCCACUGGGCCCUCGGACUCGGCCACCCGUGAGAAGCUGCCCAUGGUCCUGAAGGUGCCCAGGCUGAACUCCUCACCUCUGGCCCUGUGUGACCGGCCCUUCUCACUCCUGGGUUUCGGAGACAUUUUGGUGCCAGGGCUGCUGGUGGCCUACUGCCACAGGUUUGACAUCCAGGUACAGUCCUCCAGGGUAUACUUCGUGGCCUGCACCAUCGCCUAUGGCGUUGGCCUCCUUGUGACAUUCGUGGCGCUGGCCCUAAUGCAGCGUGGCCAGCCCGCCCUCCUCUACCUGGUGCCCUGCACGCUGGUGACGAGCUGCGCUGUGGCGCUCUGGCGCCGGGAGCUGGGCGUGUUCUGGACGGGCAGCGGCUUUGCGAAAGUCCUACCUCCAUCUCCGUGGGCCCCAGCGCCAGCCGACGGCCCGCAGCCUCCCAAAGACUCUGCCACGCCGCUCUCCCCGCAGCCGCCCAGCGAAGAACCAGCCACAUCCCCCUGGCCUGCUGAGCAGUCCCCAAAAUCACGCACGUCCGAGGAGAUGGGGGCUGAAGCCCCCAUGCGGGAGCCUGGGAGCCCGGCUGAACCCGAGGGCCGGGACCAGGCCCAGCUGUCCCCGGUAACCGAGCCUGGCGCCUCAGCCUAAGGGAGGAGUGAGACGCUCGCUGCCGUGCCCACCACACCAAGAUGUUGGGGCUGCCUGGCGCCCAAUGGAGACAGACAGACAGACGCCUGUCCCCCGGGACUGAGGCCUGUGGCGUCCCCACCCGCCCCAACAUGGUGCUCAUCCUUGCCGAGACCCCCGCGGUCCGUGCCUGCGCCCAGCCCAGCUGUCCCGGCUGCACGCCUGCUGCUCCAAGCUCGCCCGGCUGCCAAAAGCUCUCUGCGGGUCCGUCCUCCCCACCGGGGUCCGUCCUCGCAGGCCCUGCCUGGCCUCUCUGCAGACCCUCAAGCGUCGUCUGCAUGAGUGAGCAGGCGUGGGUAGACUCUGGCCGCGGCCACACUUGGUGCUCACCAGCUGCUUCGUCCUUCAGGUGACCUCCUUCCCCACGGUGUCCUGUUCUCCGGGCGGAAGAGCAGCUUUCUGUCUCCCAGAAGGCAUCGCUUUUCCCUCUUGAGCCGAUCGGAGCCCCUAGGAGGUUUGGAAGCUGCCUCCAAGCUUAGGACACAGACUGGUGGCCGGGGCGGUCUCUGGACCCUGACGCUGGCUGAGACAGGCCUGUGGGGCAGGGUUUCGGGGCGUGAACGAGGCUGGCAGUGAGUGGACAAGCUGCUCCCCUGGUUAAGGCCCUGCCCUGCCCUCAGCCAGAGGUGCCCGGCUGUGCCUGCACACUCCUCCCCGUUUUAAUAAAUGGUCGCAACUUCUA